AUGUCAUCAAUUCGCUUUGUCUCGCGGCGUUCUAGGAUAUUGUCACCGCUAUCGUCGCCAGCCGCUUCUCCACGUUCAGCUGCAGAAUCUACCACAGGAGACUCUGAGUCUAUCGAUUCAUUAUCACAAUCUUCCCUUUCAACCCCCUCCCAGGGCAUGCGUACAACAACUCAAUCACCAACUUUCCAUCUAUGCAACCCAGCUACAAACGGCUCUGAUUCCAAUCAAACUUUGACACCCAUGGACCCGGUUUCUGAAUCAUCUGAAGCAGCCAAUAUUUCAGACAUUCCAGGCAUUCUUGGGUUCUUUGAAUCAACAGCUACAACAAUCCAUAAGACCGAUGAACUCGAGGAAAAGAUGGAUCUUGAUGAACCUCAUCAAGUCGGAUCAUCACACCCAGCAAAGAACGCUAUCUCAAACACCGAGUCCAAGAAACGAGAGUCGGUUGAUGAUGAAUCUCACCAAGCUGGAACCUCGCGCUCGGCAAAGAAACCUAGAAAGAAUGUCGGGAUAACCAACGGUGAUUUGGAUGAGAAUAACAUCAUUCCAGAUACCGACGACUCAAGUGGAAUGAGAAUGACCCGCGCAAAGAUUCGCUCUGUCGGAAAGAAGAUUGGAACAACCAACUACCAUGUCAACGAAAGUCGUACAGCCCAAUCCUCGAACUCUGCAGCCAUCGACGCCGCUGUGAGCCAAAACAAUACAAGAGUAACCUUGGGGGGUCAAAGAAAGGCAACCAAUGUGGAGCAAUUAGCUGCGGAGCCUUUACCCGAGAAAAGCAAAACCAUAAGACUUAGGAUUAAAAAUACUGCCGCGACUGCGGCUCAGCGACGUGGCUACAGUGUCAAAUUCGAACCUAAGCCUUAUAUAUCUCGUGCUCCCAAUACCUUCUUUAGAGCAGAAAAGAGGGAGGGCAAAUGGAGUUGCAAGAAGCAGGAGCGUAGGGUUCCAGUUGGCGAUGCUCAGUACAUCUGGUUGCAGAGCCAACCCAAAAGUGUCAGAGACAACGCCACAGAGAUGGAUAGGGAAGGAACUAGCGACCCAUUUGGAACCUUUUUGAAAAAGACGAGAAAAACUCUGAGCAAUAGGAUUAAGGUCGAGGAUAGUUUGCCUGUCCAAUACAUGUCUCAAAUCAUCAAAGACCGCCACACCCCCAUCUCUAAAAAGGAACAAAAGCGAAUGGGUGUGGGUAAAUCUGAGACAUUCACUUUCAGAACUUAUUUUCCUACUUCAGCCCUUGUUCAGUGCAGUCCCAGCUUAAGAUAUGACAGUACUGAGCUGAACGUGGAGUUCAUCAAGACUGUGCUCGAGACAAAAUCGAGGGAGAAUCUCAAGUUGAUGGCUAAGAUCAAGAAAGCUAUACAAAUUCAGAAGAGGGAAAAAGCAAAGGCAGCAGAGGCGGCAAAGGUGGCAAGGGCGGCAAGAGUAGCCCGGGGACUUCCUGUUCCUCCAGUCGACUUCUCUUCAGCUUCUCCAGGGGGAUAUACUCGUGAAGGACUAGAGUGUGAGAUGAUCUUGGACGACGACGAAGACUUGCCAUGA